CUGCAGUGCCGUCUCGAGCAACAGUCAAUGAAUCAGUAGAGAGAGAAACACUAUCACAUCUACAAGUUACAUUAACCACCUUUUAAAAGCGUUCAAUUUGUUGGAUUUUUACCCUCGACUUUAGUAAACAAGUACUCUUGAGUGUUUCUUCAGCUGACGUUGAGCAGGAGACGAGAAGAAGAGAAGAAAAGAUGAAAUACAUUAUAGGAAUUGGCGGAGUCACUAAUGGUGGCAAAACCACCCUGACAAAUAAGUUGAUCAAGACGUUGCCCAACUGCUGUGUUGUGCACCAAGAUGACUUUUUCAAGAAACCAGAUCAGAUAGAAGUCGGGGACGACGGCUUUAGACAAUGGGAUGUGAUCACAGCUAUGGAUAUGGAGGCCAUGACCAACACAUUAAAAGGCUGGAUCGAGAACCCAGUGAAGUUCGCCCGUUCCCACGGCAUCACUCUGUCGUCUGCAUCUGACGUGGCCAAUCCAGACGAGCAGAUCCACAUUCUCAUUGUGGAGGGCUUUCUGCUCUACAACUACCCGCCCCUGCUGGAUGUUUUUGACAAGAGCUAUUACAUCACGAUUCCCUAUGAGGAGUGCAAGAUUAGGAGAAGUACCAGACAGUAUACUGUCCCCGACCCUCCCGGCCUGUUUGAUGGCCAUGUGUGGCCAAUGUACCUGAAGCACAAGAGAGAGAUGGAGAACUGCGGCUUGAAUAUUGAGUGCCUGGACGGUUUGAAGUCUAAAGAGGAGAUCUACAACCAGGUGUACGAGGACAUUCAGAACAAUCUGCUCAAUCGUUUAUAGCAGGAAGAUUCCUCCUCUCCAUCCCUGUACAGAAGUUGUAAAUAGUCCCAAGGAUUCUUUUUUUAUGAAGUUUUUCUAAUUUUAUUCUUUGUUUAUGAAUGAAACAAAGCAAUGUUAACUUAUCAUUGUCUUUUUUUUAUCAUCUUCAGAUGAUCAACGUGUGUUGUUUUUCUUUUUAAAAAGUGAUUGUUGAACCAGAACAUUAAUAUGUUACUGUUAAGUUGAACCACUGACUUGUACUGGACCAUUUGUGGCAUUCUCCUAAAAAUAAAUGCAUUAGUUGCUGUUGAUAUACAGCACAUCAAGAA